AUGGGAUGGGGCCUGGUUGAAUCUUCACCAGAAGCUCGAAGAUGGCUUGGUGAAAUGCAAAGCUCCCUGGACACCCUUCCAGCGAAAUACAGGGCUUCUUUCUGUCUUAUUGAUGAGCUUUCCAGCCCUACUUCUGAAUUGACCAGCGCCAGCUUAUCACAGACACUUUGUGCGGCAUUUCAGAUAAUACCUGUGAACUUUUUGAGAAGUUCUGGGGUCUCAUUCACAUCUGUAUCCGGCCACUCCUCCAGCGAGAUCGCUGCUGUUUAUGCUUCUGGAAUCUUAUAUGCCACGGAUGCAGUUAGAAUUGCACAUCUGCGAGGCCUUGUGGCAUCAUUGGAUGCUGCAAAAAGUGGCCAACCAGGUGCAAUGCUUGCUGCAGGUCUUCCUGCAGAGUAUACCGCGGUUCUCAGGAAAAGUGCGGUAUUAAUCCUCUACCUGCCAGCGGCACAACAUGAUUGCACUAUUCUCGUUCCCACGCACAUGAAGUUCGCGACUAUUAAUCCUGCCUUCGCCUGCGGUGCAGUUGGUACAGGUACACUCCCCUCCGACGCUGCCAUCACAAAGCUCGAUGCAGACGUCAUUUGCGGAGACGGCCCUUUAGCCCGGGAUAUAACGGCUUAUAUGGAGCCGGUGGGGUCCUCCACUGAAGUACUGGCCGUGGCAUGGAUUGCACUGCUGUGUAUAAAGCGCGUUGAAGCGCAGCUGGCUGAGGAUGACCAACGGAACCUUGACUGGCAUCGUUCCCGGCUGACUAGCUGGAUCGAUCGCACAUUGUCCUUGACCAGGACUGGGGGACAUCCCAUUCUAUCGGCGAGCUGGUUGGACACCUCACAAGAGGAUUUUGAUACUUUGUUAUCAAAGGGUUCUGUGUCCGUCAUGAGCGAGGCCGCGAAUGUGGUUGGAACGAACUUGCACCUCUUCUUCCGUGGCGAAGCCUCGAUCCUAGAAGAGCUUCGGAAGAACGAUAUCCUCACCCGAUUCUAUAGACAUGAUAUGGAAAUGAAUAUGAUGAAUGAGCGGCUUGGGGAUAUUCUCGGACAGUUUGUGUUCCGAUACCCACGAAUGACAAUCCUGGAGGAUAUCGGUCGUUCCCAUCACUCGUAUACCUUCACUGAUAUCUGUGGGGUUCUUCGAAGAGGCCGGGUCUACAUUUCUGCACAUGAAGACCGCUUCAUUUUUUUCACUAUUGAAUAUUGA